AUGGCGAGGUCAAGUUUCACCGCGUUCUUGGUGGCCUUCACCACUGUUGUGAAUACCAUCUCACCGAGCUAUGCAUUCAACAGCCUGUUGCACCGAGCCUCUGACUCCUGUCCAGCAUCAUAUGAGCAAUGCAACAACUCCAAUCUGCCAUCCUCUUUUUGCUGUCCGUCGACAUCUACCUGCGUGAGUCUGGAUAACGACAGUUCCGCCAUAUGCUGCCCCAGCGGGCAAAGUUGCGCAUUUAUUGAGCCAAUCACUUGCGAUGUGUCACAGCAAAAUGCCACUCUCCACCCAAAAGCCGUGGUCAAGACAAUACGGCUUGGUGAUACCCUGCCAAAGUGCGGGGAUUCAUGCUGUCCUUUCGGAUACAGCUGCCAAAGCAAUAGCAUUUGCGCCAUGAGCACAUCGACUACUUCGAUAGCCACGAACUCAGUCUCUUCCCUUACCACAACAGCCUCCAGCAUUCCUUCCGCUCCCUCAACAGAGUCUAUGACAUCUAUGACAUCUACAGUUCCAACAGCUGCUACUAGUUCCUCGAAAGUCACAGACAGUGCAUCCUCAACCGAUGGUGUCCACCCGACUAUCAUAACUGCAUCUGAUCCAGCAGAUCCAUCAGCCUUCGGUGCUGCUUCUAGCUGCCAUGGGACUACAGCUACUAUGACGGACGCAUGCCCUUCUUUCCCAACCAAAGCAAUAAUUGCCGGCUUCUUCCCGGGCGCCGCCUUCGGGGCCAUCCUCGCAUUGUUAGCAAUGUACCUCAUGAGGCGACGGAAGAAUAACCUACCCCCUUCUGUGAAGAUCGCACAGCACACUCAGAGAACAUCAAGCGGAACACUCAUUGGCAUCUCCGACCCCAUUCCCUCCGAAGAGAACGCCUACCGAACCGACUUCCUUCUACGAAGAUCUCUGAAACGUAACUCGGAAGGCGCACGCUCAAUGCUCCAACGCACAGGGACCCGCGUCAAGAGCCUGUUCGGCUCCACACCAAAACCGAGCCAGAUGGUGUCAAAGCAGCCCCCGUUGCCGCUGACCCCUCCGCAGCAGGCUCGCAUGCCCAGUACGGAGAGCAUCAAGGUCUAUACGCCGCCAGGGACGUUCGCCUCGACAGGUGUUCUCAGGCCAGAGCCGUACCCGACUAUCGUCGUGGGAAAUGGUUCCACCUUCACUGAGAUGAUUGAUCAGGCAGGAUCUAACAAUAGCAAGGGUGAUCCGAGCUACAGCGUCGAUGAGGCCCCUAGGUCACGGAGCAAAAGUCCUCUCCGUCGCCUUUGUUGA